AUGACCUCGUUGGGCUUGAAGAGGCAUCGGCUGACCCUCCUGCCUUUUCCGGCCGUCCGUGUUCUGCAUACAGACCUUGUCUACACACCCUCACCGCCCACCCACCUCCCACCCAUCGGUCCUCAGGAAUGCGUAUGGAAGUGCAGUUUAGUGCAAUCGGCAAUCAUAGCAUACAAAAACAGCUGUCAUAAACCGAUGACCGGAGGUCUAGACGACCUGUUUAUCCAAUGCGUAAAGCAGAAAUUUAUCCAGAACGCAGAUCCUCGAACCGGCAUACACGUUAGGGCUGAUCAACUCGCCUCGACUGCCCACGACAUAAUCGGCAUUCGGUCUCGCAGACACAGCCGCACCUUAUCGGAUCAGGCGAAAACUGGCGUCUGGAGGCGACGAUGCUAA